AUGGCACUUCCUCCAUGGGUAGAUCCAUGGGCCGGCGCGGAUAUAUGGGACUUAGCGGCAAGUCCGUGGGCUGGUGUAGCUCCGGCGCAACGCGGUCCCGCAGGUCGAGUGCAGCGAGAUGAGCGCGGCGAUGUGCCAGAGAAGUGCAUCCGGGUGCAUCGCUUGAACGGGGAGGUGCUUGAAGUCUCCCUCACGAUCCAGGAGGCCAACAACCUCACGUCGAACAGAGACUUGAAGCAAUGCCUCGCCAGACAUGACUGCAGCAUGCCAGGAGCACCCUACUUCCUGUGCCAGAUUCGCCUGAUACACGUGGACACCGGCCGGGAGAUCCAGGAUGGCAGCGUGAAUUGGGAGUGGCUGGAGAAAGGCUCGCUGCAGUACGUGGUUAUUGAAGCGGACGUGAUGUCGGUUGCAUUCGAUGAAGAAUUGAUCUUCUCUUGCAAAGAUCUCGAUCUGUUGCUGGACCCACGGCUCCUGAUCAGCUAUGCCUUCAGGAUUUGCAAGCAGCGGGGCCAAGCCUUCUGCGAGCAUGUGUUUGGUGCCUGGGUCUUGGCAAUGCGGAGCCUUCCACACACCGAAGUGAAUCAUGUCGGCUCGCAUUUCUCUGGCAAGACAUUCCUCACCCGCUGUUUGGCCCUCCUUCAUGCAGUCGACAGAGAUGCAGAGGAUAUCAUGCGUGACGAGUAUCGCGGUGCCGCCGUUCGUUUUCAUCUAGAUGUUUCGGACUUCCAUGACAAGCGCUGGCCAGGGGAACCCUUCGAAGAUUUCCUCCACGAGAUUUUUGCAGGCUUGAUCAUCGAGCUCGUCAGGGAGAAGAUGGAUGUUGGAACUGUGGAAAAAACAUUUCUCUUCCACAAGUGUGAGACAGAUAAAAUCAAUCUUUGGAAGCUCGUGAGGGGGGAAAAGUACCCCUACAGGAACCGCCCGUCGGGUUGCUCCGGGGGUCUGCGUUUCGGGCUGGGAGCAGACCUCAUGAUCGCCCUGAUCGACAAAGGUCUCCCCAGAUGGUGCUGGGCGGGUUGCUUGGGCCCUUUCAAUGACAAUCUUCUCCAGCACAUCAUAGAGCCAGCAACGAUAGGAGCAGCCAUGGACGGCAAAGACGCAGCGAAAGGGAGGCUUUGCAUAUAUCUGGCUCAAAAACUUCGGGUUGAAGAGCUGUGCCACCGGAACCAGGAUGGCAGAAGUGCGUUGUCCUACGCUGAGGAGUUUGCAGAGCACUUUGAAUCGAGGCCUUUUCAGUGGAGGCCGCCCUGGAUGCUGCAACGGCCGGAUCAAGCUGUUUGGAUUCAAGUGCGCGACGUGAUUAGGCAGGAGAUGGAGGCCCGCGUCAGGGCGUUUCAGGGGGACCUGCCUGCCUUGGUCGAGCUCACGCGGUCCGUGCGGGCAGGCCUGGAUGGCGACCUGGCUGUUUGCACAGAAGCUUUUGCCGAUUGCGUGUCAAGUUUUUAG